AUGCUCCUGGACAGAGGCGCAUCUGUCGCUGCGGCUGACCAGGAUGGCCAGACGCCCCUGCAUGAGGCGUCAUGGAAUGGACACACGGCCAUUGCACAGAUGCUCCUGGACAGAGGUGCAUCUGUCGCUGCGGCUGACCAGUUUGGCCGGACGCCCCUGCAUCUGGCGUCAGUGAAUGGACACACGGCCACUGCACAGAUGAUCCUGGACAGAGGCGCAUCUGUCGCUGCGGCUGACCAGGAUGGCCGGACGCCCCUGCAUCGGGCGUCAGUGAAUGGACACACGGCCACUGCACAGAUGCUCCUGGACAGAGGCGCAUCUGUCGCUGCGGCUGAAAAG